GUACUGGUGGGAAUGGGAAUGGCGCCUCUGUAAAAUCCACGUGGUCCUCUCGGCGCACUCGAGCAUUUCCCUCUCGGUCUCUCAUGGUCGCGGGAGAAGAUCAGGGGACGACCGGACAGUGGGACAGAGGAGCUGACCGCGAUGUAGCCGCGAUGAUCCCAAAAGCCGCGCUCGUUCCCCAGCCCAGGGGUUGAUCUUAGCCUGUUCUAGUUGUUGCUGUUGUUGCUGCUGCUGCUGCUACUGCAGCAGUGAUCGCUUCUUUUCUAGUUUCUGUGGCGGAGCUUGCCCGUUGGGCUUGUCUGUCUGUUCCGCUGGUUAGGGUUGUGGGGAUUUUCGGCGUCGUUUGUGUAACCGAUCGACAAGGGGUGCGUUUGCGUCGUCCUCGGGCGCGCUUCGGAUUCGGCGCGAGAUAUGGCUUCUCACGACGUCUCGGUCGCGGCGAGCGACAGGAGGGAGAGGAAGAGCCGCGAGGAUGCCUUGUACAAGGAGCUGUGGCACGCUUGUGCCGGUCCUCUGGUGACGGUUCCUCGCGAAGGGGACCUGGUUUAUUACUUCCCACAGGGGCAUAUUGAGCAGAUUGAGGCAUCCAUGAAUCAAGUCGCCGAUCGGCAAAUGCCAGCUUACAAUCUUCCCUCGAAGAUUCUCUGCCGCGUCAUAAAUGUUCAAUUGAGGGCUGAACCAGACACUGAUGAGCUGUUUGCUCAAGUGACUUUGCUUCCGGAGCCUAAACAAGAUGAGACUGCUGUGGAGAAGGAAACUGGGCCUCCCCUGCCUUCACGACCCCGUGUCCAUUCCUUUUGUAAGACACUUACAGCCUCUGAUACGAGCACUCAUGGCGGGUUCUCUGUAUUGAGACGCCAUGCAGAUGAAUGCCUGCCCCAAUUGGAUAUGUCUAAGCAACCUCCAACUCAGGAAUUGGUUGCCAAGGAUUUGCACGGAAAUGAGUGGCAUUUCCGCCACAUUUUUCGAGGUCAACCAAGGCGACACCUACUCCAAAGUGGUUGGUCGCUGUUUGUCAGUUCUAAAAAGCUUGUUGCUGGUGAUGCUUUUAUAUUUCUCAGAGGUGAAAAUGGUGAACUCCGUGUUGGAGUUAGACGAGCGAUGAGGCAACUGAACAAUGUUCCAUCUUCGAUCAUGCCAAGUCACAGUAUGCAUAUUGGUGUCCUUGCAACAGCAUGGCAUGCCAUUUCAACUGGUACAAUGUUUACUGUGUAUUACAAACCGAGGACUAGCCCCGCUGAAUUCAUCAUUCCUUUUGAUAAAUACAUUGAAUCUGCCAAAAUCGAUUGCUCCAUCGGCAUGAGGUUCAGAAUGACAUUUGAAGGUGAAGAAGCUCCAGAGCAGAGGUUCUCUGGCACUGUAAUUGGAUCUGAGGACGUUGAUCCUUUGAGGUGGGCUGGAUCAAAAUGGAGAUGCCUUAAGGUGCGGUGGGAUGAAAUCACUUCCAUUCAUCGCCCGGACAGAGUUUCUCCCUGGAACAUAGAGCCUGCCAUGACUGCACCAGAUAACCUCCCAGCAUCCCGGCCGAAAAGGCCUCGAGCAAGCAUGUCCACAUCUACUGAUUCUUCUGUCCGGAUGAGGGAAGGUCCUCUGGGAAUCAGUACAGACCCUCCAGCAGAUAUAGGGUUUUCAAAGGCCUUGCAAGGUCAAGAAUUUUCAACCUUGAAGGGCAGCUUAGCACUAAAUAAUGGCAUGGAGAAUGCUGAGAUGCCAGAUGUGUGGUAUGAAUUUCCAGGUGAUAAUCCAAAGACCAUGCAAUUUGGCCAGAGGAAAUGUAGACCAGACACCUGGGCGCCUCAAAUGAUGCAGGAGGCAACACUUAUUAAUCUUGUGGCAGAUUCUGGGACUUUUCACCCCCACCAUGGAUUCUUUUCAUUUUUACGUGGGGACAGUGAAAUUACCGACCAAGUGAAGAAGCAAAAUUUAGCCGAGGAAACAAAAACUGAUUUGCUUCCUUCUUCGGGACCUGUGAGGCAAGGUCCCUCGUUGAACAUGUUGGGAUCUGGAAUUGCAGCUUCUCUAGAAAACGAGGGUCGACAACAGCGGUCUCUCAGUAAUGUUAAAGGUGACACAAGGAGUAGCCAUCAUAGUCUACAUGGUCUUGAGAGGGAGAUGCAGUCAGGAAAUUUUUUCUUUUCUAUGCUUUCUCCAUCGCUUGUUGAGGAUCCAAAUAAAAUGAUGGUUGAAAAAUCGGAUUCUCCACUUGCCCAACACGAGUCGAUAAAAUCUAAUGGAAAUGGCAGUUGUAAGCUUUUUGGAUUUUCCCUCACGAGUGGUACCGUGGCAACACAGUCGGAUGAUGGACAGUUGCUUGGCUCACAAAAACAAGUCCUAAAAUCAAAUGCGGCGGAUGAUUCAGAACCUAAUGUACUUAUGAGUCCAAUCAAAUGUUUGAAGAUUGCACCUAGUACAAUUGCAUAUGGUGAUCCGGGAAGGGCAUUUCCAUCUUCAGCGCGGCCUGUUAGAGAUGUAGAGGGCAAGCACCAGGCUGCUUCUACUAGAAGUUGCAUCAAGGUUCACAAGCAUGGCAUUCCCGUAGGUAGAUCCGUGGACUUGAGCAAGUUCCAUGGUUACAGUGAGUUGCUAACUGAACUGGACAAACUUUUUGAGUUCAAUGGUGAAUUAGUUGCCCCUACUAAAGAAUGGAUGGUUGUUUUUACCGACGAUGAGGGCGACACAAUGCUCGUUGGAGACGAUCCAUGGGAGGAAUUCUGUGGCAUGGUCCAUAAGAUCUUUAUCUACACUAGGGAAGAGGUAAAAAGGUUGGCUCCGAGACCCUUGAUUCCUGGAAGUGAGGAGAUUUCGCCGAAAGCAGGCCAUAAAAAUGAUUCUGGAGGAAUCUGAAGUUUGCGAUAGCGUAUGACGAUAGACCUAGCGAACUUUUGGAUUUUGUGAAAAGCUGUGGGGGAGUGUGUGGCCGCCGCUUCUAAUGGUUGCUCAGGAAGUUAACUUUUGAUGGUUAAUACGACCGGUCCUUUAUGCUUACUAAUCCUUCGCCCGGUGUAAGCUGUAAUUAGAAGUGUUUAUUUAGCCUUUUUAUAUCUCCCAGACCAGCAUCUUGCUUUUUGCUUGGUAUACUAUCCUGCAAUUUUUCUUGAUUAUAUGAGCCAGCCAGUGGAAAGCCGUUGUAAAUAUCCUUAGACAACUCCUACUGUACGGCCUGUUAUAUCAAUAUUGAGUUGGUAUUUGAAAA